AUGUCUCAUGCACCUCAACCUCAGAUCAACAUUACUGUUGAAUUGGGCUUACUGGAAAGAGUGACACUUUCCACUCUGACUACAUUAUCAUGCUGUAUAUUCUUCUUCAUUAAUGUGACCAUGUUAUUCACCUUGAGGAGUAAAACGGUGUUUCGUGAGACUUCACGUUAUGUUCUUCUGUUUAACCUCCUUUUAGCAGACACUGUACAGAUGGCUCUGAGUCAGUUACUGUACAUACUUUCUGUUUGCAGGGUGAGGUUGACCUAUCCUGUCUGUGGCCUGUUGGUCAUGAGUGCCAAUCUCACAAAUGAAAUCUCUCCUCUCACACUGGUGGUGAUGUCUAUGGAGAGAUUUGUGGCUGUGUGCUACCCACUGAGACACUCUACCAUCAUCACCAUCAGAAACACAGCAGUGGCUGUAUGUGUGGUCUGGGCCUUCAGUUCACUAAAUGUCCUCAUACGAGUUCUUUUACUUUUAGAUUUUCCAUUUGAAGACCUGGAAACACUGCAGAUGAAAGAUUUUUGUAGUUCAUUUAUAUUGUACCUUGGACAAUUUUCUGCCCUUUAUGAUGAAUCCUACACUUAUUGUUUGUUUGUGUCAGCUGGUUUGGCAGUUAUUUCUUCCUAUAUUGGUGUGAUAAUAGCAGCCAGGUCAGCCUCCACAGACAAAGCUUCAGCUCAUAAGGCUCGUAACACACUGCUGCUGCAUCUGGUGCAGCUGGGCCUUAGUGUCUUGUCAACCAUGCAUAACUUUUUACUCGUAGCCAUCUCAAAAGUUAUUACGAGGAAUGAACUUGUGCGCAUGCAGAAUGUUUUUUAUGUGUUUAUCAUCAUUCUCCCCAGGUGUUUAAGUCCUCUCAUCUAUGGACUCAGAGACCAGACCAUCAGGUCCAUCCUUGUGUACCACCUGUGCUGUCGACUGAAACUUUCCUUCACCACAGCCUAG